GCAUAAGACGGAUGGGGGUGGAAAGAACUUUCGGUUUCAGCUUACCUGGGUUCCGGUUCUUCUUCCGCAAACGACCGUUGGGCGUUCGUCGGUCACCAUAAUGAGCCAUAUAAAUAAGCCUGUGACCAUCGGAAAGCGCUCGCAUUACACCAAAGGUCAUCGAAGGCAGUGCGGGGUAAAACUUGUGUCACGACCAUCACGGCUCUCUAACGCUCGGACCAUUCCGGAACCGUUAUUGCAAAAUGUCAACCAGGUCGCAUCUCCUAGUAGUGUUGCUGCUGGUGGCGCUGAUCGGCGUACAGUAUGGAAAGGCCGCCAUCCUAACGCGUGCGAUCGAAGCGCAGAAAUCGUUGGUCGAACGGGAGGAGCAACUGCUGGCACAGGCCAAGGAUCAACUGUACCAGACGGCCCAGAACGCUAUCGAUACGUCGCGUGAUGCCGUCAUGAGCGCCGCCGAACAGAUGCGCUACACGCUGCUGUCUCCCUGGCGCAUGGCUUCCGAGGCACUCGAGCGGCCAAAACUGUACGCCAAGUAUCUGCUGUCGAAAUCGUUUGCCAAACCGGCGGACGAAUCCGGCCCAUCAGCCGUCGUAGAUUUGAACGAUAGCGAGGCCGCUAUGACGCUGCCUCAACUGAUCUCCAACUUGCCGGUGGUACGCCUGUUCGUCAAUGACGCUCCGACGGAUGACGGCACUGGGCAGAGUAAACCGAGUUCAUUGAUUGAAUUCUCGGAUUCCAGCGCCUCGGUGCCAGCCUCUCUACCAUCGCCAGCAACGGAACCUGAGAAAAUAACGCCGAUGAAAGUGAUUAUGCUGUAGGCCAGCGCUCGUCACCGUCACCG